AUGGGACUCGGAAGCUCUCAGUCUCGCCCUCUCCAAGUUGUCACCGUCAUGGCUACGAUAACUGCCACUGCCCCCGAUCAACAUGAGAUUCGUAUAAUCACGCCCAUCGGAAUGUUGGGCUACGGCUACAACGCCUCAGAGUUCCUCGACGCUUGCGAGAAGCGCCGCCCCCAUGCCAUCAUCUGCGAUUCGGGUUCGACUGACUCUGGCCCUCAGAAACUUGCUCUGGGAGUGACCACUUGCCCGCGCGAAGCAUACGUCCGCGACCUUGGACCUCUAUUGCUCGCCUGCGCCAAGUUCCGCAUCGCGAUCCUCAUCGGUUCGUGCGGUGGUUCUGGAACGAACGCACAAGUAGACCUUUUCGCCGAUAUUGUCCGCGAGCUGGCAGACACACACGGUUACUCGUUCCGCGUUGCUAAAAUAUACGCAGAGUUCGACAAGGACGUUGUCAAAGCCAGUAUUGGAAGGGGUAGGGUGCACCCCUGCGGGCCUGUUCCUGCCCUUACGGCGGAGGAUGUGGAUGCAACGCCUGUGAUUGUCGGCCAAAUGGGCGCCGAACCAUUUCUUGACGUGCUCAACGCCGACGAGUCGGUUGAUAUCAUCCUUGGCGGGCGGGCGUACGAUCCCGCACCUUACGCUGCGCUCUGCUUCAAGCAUGGAAUUGAGCCCGGCAUCGCCUGGCACAUGGUAGGUAUUAUCUUCACAACCAUUCGGCAUUCCAGCUUUGACGUCGAACCGACCGCACCCUCAGCGCGCUGCACAUGCAUCUCCGUUGCCGCACACACCCUGUACGAAAAGACGCGCCCGGACCUCUUGCCGGGGCCCGGCGGCGUGCUUAACCUACAGGGCACGACGUACGAGCAGCUCGAUGAGCGCGUCGUACGAGUCCGCGGUGCUGUGUUCGAGCCAAAGCGGUAUCAAGUGAAGUUGGAAGGUGCCCGCAUAACGGGCUUUCGUACUGUAUUCAUCGGCGGAAUUCGAGACGCAGUGCUGAUCUCACAGAUAGAUCGCGUACUCGAUGUGGUAGAGACGUACGCCCGUAGCAUGAAUCCCACGUUCAAGGGAGAGGAUUGCCGCAUUGCCUUCCAUGUCUAUGGCAAGAAUGGAGUGAUGGGUCCUCUUGAACCGGUUAAAACGCCGGCGCACGAGCUGUGCAUUCUCGGCGAGGUACUUGCACCCACCCAGAAAUUGGCGCACGGGGUGUGCAAUGCCUUGCGCGUCGCGCUGUUGCAUGCGCCAUACCCGUACCAGAUCGCGACAGCGGGAAACAUGGGCAGCCCGCUCACGCCUUUGGAGACAGAUAUUGGGGAGGCCUCCGAAUUCUCUAUUUAUCACCUCUUGGACAUUGAUGACCCGCAUGGGCCAUUCCCAAUCUCGUACGAGACGGUGGGCUCCCCUGGCGCAGAGCCAAGGUAUCCAUCCUAUCCCGCUGCCGCUCCGGGAACUGGAGCGGCCACAGAGAAAGCCAAAGCGGAGGCGGGCAAAAGGAUGCAGGCACUAAUACGCGAGAUGGAGACGCUGCGUGUGAACCCGGCUGGUAACUGGCAGAAUGCUAUCAAGAACGGCGAGAAGAGCGUUAAAUUGAGAGACAUUGCGACCGUGCUGAGGAGCAAGAAUUCUGGGCCGUACGAACUCACCUUCGACGUGAUGUUCCCCUCGGAUGAGAUUUUCAAUGCCGUGCAAGACAGUAACGAGCUAACAAAGGAGGUUCUCGCGCGCGCAUACGGCGUCGAGCCCGAGGCUGUCAUCGCAUGUCUCUUCUUCAAACAGGCACGCGCGUUCAAAUUUACUAUACCUAGGGUGCAUUCGAAUGGCAGUUUUGGUGAGACGGAUAUGCAUGGUUGUCAGCAACACAUCCCUCUAGGAGAUAUCGAUGUUCCACUCCUGGUCCGUCGCGGAUGA